AUGCAGGGGGCUCUCUGUCCCCGGAGAGAGGUGGGCAAUCGGGCCCAUGUGGUCAGGCUUAUAGCGGCCCUGGAGGAGGACUUGUAUUGGGGCCGCUGGUCCCACGUCAGUGUCCGUCAGCCCGGCGUCCAGCCCCUGUGUCCUGCACUGAGCUUGGUGAGCCCAUUCAGUGAACUCUUCUGCUCAAGCGGGUCCCUUGGCAUUGACCAGCAUAGGUGGUGGCCCUGGAGGAAGACUUGUACUGGGGCCGCUGGCCCCACGUCAGUGUCCGUCAGCCCGGCGUCCAGCCCCUGGUGUGCUGAAGCUCAGGCCCUUCCUGGUGCCCUAGUGUCCUGCACUGAGCGUGUGAGCUCUUCUGCUCAGGCGGGUCCCCUGGCAUUGACCAGCAUAGAUAGUGAACCUGGAGGAAGACUCUUCUUGGAUCCCCUGGCCCAAGCCAAUGUCCAUCAGCCAGAUGCCAGACCCCGGUGCACUGAAGCUCAUGCCCUUCCUGGCACCCUGGUCUCCUGCACUGAGCUGUGUGAGCUCUUUCACCCAGCAGACUCUCUGGCAUUGACCGGCAUAGAUGGCGGCCCUGGAGGAGGACUUGUAUUGGGGCCACUGACCCCACGUCAGUGUCUGUCAGCCCGGCAUCCAGCCCCUGGUGUGCUGAAGCCCAGGCCCUUCCUGGUGCCCUAGUCUCCUGCACUGAGCUUGUGAACUCUUCUGCUCAAGCAGGUCCCCUGGCAUUGACCAGCACAGGUG